GAAGAGAGAAAUACAAGAGGAGCUUUAAUGGAGACAGAAAACAAAGAAGCUGUUCAGACAGAAGCAAAAGACAUGAAAAACGAAGAUGUAGACAUUUGCCGGAUUUGCCAGUCACCGGAGGAGCCAGACAAUCCGUUGAGGCAUCCUUGUGCAUGUCGUGGCUCUCUCAAGUACGUCCAUACUGACUGUAUCUUCCUCUGGAUCAAUCGUCGCAGACGCAAGCACUGCGAGAUUUGUAAACGCAGCUACUCAAUCGUUCCGGUCUAUUCCGACAACGCUCCAGAGAGACUUCCAUGUCAAGAACUCUUAAAGAGCCUUCUACUGAGAGCAUUUCGUUUCAUGACUCUGAUCCUUCCUUGGCUAUUGGCGAUUACUUUCCACUCGUACUGCAUGUUCUUUCUCGAGAGCAAGAGAGUUUUUGAACUGUCAUGUUUCUUUCUUGGUCUUAUUUACACCGUCGAGAUAGUGACUGAAAUCACUUUCAUCGUUGUUCUAAGGGUAGUAUACGAAGAGCUUGUAAGAACAGAACACGAGUUGUUACGCCGUGUGCAUCUCAUAGCGAAUGGUCUAAGACAUAAGGGUGUUACUAGAGUUCUGCUUGUGUUAUGGAAGUAUAUGAGGGUUCUUUGUGAUUGGUGGCAUGAUCAGCUCUUGCAGUUACCUUUCUUCCACGACAUGUUUAUGAGAGGACCUCUUGCACUUGCGUUUGUUCCAAGAAACACACAGCUUGAUGAGUUUGGAUCCAUAAGAAGGUUUCUUUUCUUCUUGGAUGACAACACUUUUUCUGUUCUUGCCAUCAACAUCUCUUGGUCUUUCCUCGACUGUAUGUUACCUUAUUUGAUUGGCCAAGCUGUCUUUGUGUUCCUACACUGUGUCCCUCCACACGGUUGGGUUUUGGAAAACAUAUCUGAGAUUACAGUUGGACACAUAGUUCUAUUCUCAGUUUGGUUGGCUUACCUUAAAAGCGUUUUCACUCUGAUUCGGAAUCCAACCAGAACAAGAUGGUUUUCACUGUCAGUUAAAGAUACAUUGAUCUUGUGUUUUAAAACCAUCCUUCUGCCUUGGAUGCUUGGUUUCUGGAUAGAUUUCUGUACGUUCCCUCUAACCGGAGCAACGGUUUCUCAACGGCUUGAGGUUGUUUCAGACUAUCCACACGUGGCUGCCAAACAUUGGUGUGUAGGAAUUGGGUACUUGCUAGUUGCUUUGUCUUGCAUGAAGCUUAUCCAGGAGAUUGUUCAGAAACGUGCCUUUUGGUAUCUCUUAGAUGUCACAUAACCAAACUACAAAAUCACUAAACUGCAUCUACGUUCCCUACUCUUUGCGUUUGCUUUCCAUGGAGCAGUGGUAGUGAUUGUGUUCCACUUACCGAUAAAGACAAUCACUCUCACCAUCCAGUCCUUUUUCCCUCUCAAAUUUGGGGUCUACAAGGAUGAGUUUAUCCUUGGCUUACUCGCUGCUUAUAUAUGCUGCCCCAUGCGGUUAGCCAACUCUGUUAAACAAUCUAUCAAACCAAUAGUUCACAAGUGGGUUGUUGCUGUCAGUUCUUGCCUCAAGUUAAGUGAUUUCUUGGUUAGAAGAGACGGUGUGAAUCAUAAUGUGAGACUAGCGUUUGGCAUAGCUGAAGGUUCUAUGGUGAGCUUUUAUGGAUCUCAGAGGGAUACUACAUGUGAAGAGGAUACAAACGAGCAAAGAGAUGAAUGGUUUAUGCUAAGGAUUGGACUGAUGCUGGUUCUAGCUGCUUUGAGUGUGUUUCUUGUUAGUACAACAUUCAUGGCUUUACCAGUUCUGGUUGGGAGAGCGUUCUUCCACUCUAUCUCUUUCUACAUGCUAAGCUUCGGACUCGAACACGAUGAUAUUUGUGCUUUCUGGAUUGGACUGUGUAUCAUGCGGAAAAUCUAUAAAAUCACAUGCUUCGUCUAUGACCAUAUCGUGACGAGAAGAGUCGAUUUGCUUCUCAAACAUGUCAUGAAGUGGAUCCAGAAUGUCUUGUUGUUCUCCAUAUGGAUCUUUGUGGUACCUGGCUUGCUCGGUCUCCUUAUCAACCUUAUGAUCAUCAUCCCAUCACAAGUUACGCUAGACGAAUCACCUGUGUAUAACUUUCUCCACGAUUGGUUGAUCGGUCUGUACGUCCUUCACAUCUGUAUCGCCUUGACUAUGUUCACACCAGUCACCUGCUUCGCGACCGUUGCAUGGCGAGAAAAGCUUCAAAGAAUAAGAAGCGUCGGUAUCAACAAUCUUCCUUUCACAGGGCUGAUUCGAGAUGUCAUCGGCUCGGCGAUAACAAACACACUUCUAAUUACUCUCUGCGUCCCCUACGUGAUGGUGACUUCUCUGUUCCCUGUACUUGGAUUCUCACGUGAAGCCAACUUAACCGUCCAACGGUUCGUGUGGCCGGUGUUGCUAGCUUUGAUGGUCAUAUGGUUUAGUGCCAAGCUCGUUCGUAACCUCAUCGUUUACCUUCACCAAGUCGAAUUCGAUAACCGGUACAAAGUGGGAGAGAGGUUGGUCGAUUUCACUGAAGAUCUCUGA